AUGACUGACAUCACAGUCCCAUAUUUGCUGGAUCUCAAUCCAAGUAAAUGGAACAGACUUCACGUAUUUACACUGAACCAUCAAAAGAUGGACCCAACUGUCGAGGUCUCGGCAAUGUUGGCGGCCUUGACUCUGCAUUUUGCAGAGUUCAAGCCCGACCAUGAAGCCUUACAGAAAGCCGUCGACAUCCUUAGCAUCAUCGGCCAAUACCGUACCCCGGUGCCUGAGGGGGGAAAAGAUCGCACCGACGAGGGUAAUCUCAAGUUCCUCUCGAUGAUCUAUGGCCAAAUUCGCACCCAGGAGCCGGUUCAGAUGAUUAUGCCGGCGUUUCCAUUCAAGUCGCCCAACCAGAAGAAUAAGACCUUAGGUUGUCUUCCGGACAAGGGUGAAGACGUAUCGAUCGCUCACCUGAAUGGACUCUGUGCGGCCAUCGGUGAGAUCUACACUGCAGGAGCCCAACUUACCAUCGCAUCCGAUGGCUUAGUGUACAACGACAUCCUCGGCGUACCUGACAGCGAGGUCUGGAUGUAUAGCCAGGCGUUGAGAGGCAUGGUAGCAGAAAAGGAGUGCGACCAUAUCGACUUCGUCAGAUUACGCAACCUCAUCCACUGGAACGAGGAUAUUGUUCUUGACAGCGAGACAUAUGAGACUCUCGCGCCGCAUUUUCGUCAAAGACUGAUUGACAACUACACACCGUUGGGAUUUGACGUCGAUGAGAAAAUCAAAUCCGACGUCGACAUCUGCACCACUUACCGGGGAUAUAUCAAGUUCCUCACCAAAGACCUUGAACUCACUAAGAGCAAUGGCAUCUCCAACAAGAAACAUAAGAAGAACUUGGAAACUAUUGCCAAGACAAUGAUCGGCAGAGGAGCAGCUUUCGCCGAAGCCAUUCGCAAGAACUUCCCUAACCACGUCCGCCUGUCCAUCCACCCGUCGAAUGGGUCAAACAAGAUCUCCAUCAACGUCUUGCCACAGACUUCGUCACCUAUAACUCCCUGGCAUACGUCUCCGAGCUACGCCGUUGAUGGAAGACUCAAGUACGCUUGGUGCGAAGUGUUUGCCUCCAGAUCCGACAUGGAACUGGUCUACAAAGACGGUCGUCCCUGGUCUUACCGAGUCAAGUCGGAAUUGUAUAGCUGGUCUACACCCGUUCACUUUGAACCCGACUACCCAUGUGGCAUGACCGUGACACCUCUCAUCCCAAGCUCCCUAACCCAGUCAGACAUGGAGAAAGCCCGUGCCCUAGCACAAAAGAACUCACGUAUCAUCCUUCAGGGAUUCGAAAACACCUUAGACAAUGAGCUCAUUAUUGAGAAAGAAGAGGACCCCGACACGCUCCUGCCCCGAGAAUUCGAUCUCAUAGUUGAAGUUACCAGCCAAGACGUUCGAGCCUCGGAACUCGAUACUAUUAUCGCACUUGGACAGUUCACCUUUGAUGAUGCUUCUACCCUAGUGGAGGAAGAAAACGAUGAUGUUGAUGACUUGGAUUGAGCUGUUUUAUUUGCGUCGUGACCUGAUCUUCUCCCUUGUUUUUUCCCUUUUAACAUUCCCCUGUACCAUUUCACUCGGUGUCUCUGUAAAGAAGAUAUGAUCUUUUCUUCUCUCUUCUCUUUUUCCUUUAUCUUCGAUAUGUGAAACAUGUCCACAGUGCCCCGGUUUGUUGUUGGGACCUUCCAUCACUGCAAUGCUGGGCUUUUUUUUUUUACUCUUUACG